AUGGAGUUCACUUCCCUAGAUGACUUUAGGGAGGCUAUACGUGAGUGGACAGUUUUAAAUGGUAGGGAAAUAACAUUUGUUAAAAAUGAGGGGUAUAGGGUGAGAGUUGAAUGUAAAGCCAAGUGUGGUUUUUUAAUGCUAUGUUCCAAAGUGGGCCACAAGCACACUUAUGCAAUAAAGACUAUAAAGGACACCCACACAUGUGCUAGGGUUUUGGAUAACAAAACUGCAAAUUCAAAGUGGGUGGCCAAGGCAGUUGUUAAGAAAAUGCAGACCUGUGAAAACUUGAGGAUAAGUGAUAUUAUUCAAGAUAUGAGGCAAAAUUAUGGAGUGGGGAUCACUGUGGGCAGGGCAUGGAAAGCAAAAAUGAUAGCAAGACAAAUGAUAGAAGGGGAUGCAGACAAGCAAUAUUCAAACUUGUGGAGGUAUGCAGCUGAGUUACACAGGGUGAGUGCUGGAAACAUUGUAAAGAUCAACAUUGAGAGGCCAUCACCUUCCAUCCAACCAAGAUUUGGUUCAUUCUAUUUCUGUUUUGAGGGAUGUAAACAAGGGUUCAUACAUGGUUGUAGACCUUUUAUUGGGGUUGAUGGCUGUCAUUUGAAGACUAAGUAUGGAGGGCAGUUGUUGAUAGUAGUGGGAAGGGACCCCAAUGAUCAAUAUUUUCCAUUGGCAUUUGGGGUUGUUGAAACAGAAACAAAAGAAUCUUGGAAGUGGUUUAUACAGCUGUUAAUGGAAGAUAUUGGAAUAGAGAAGAGAUAUGUAUUCAUCUCAGACCAGCAAAAGGGUUUGGUGGCUGUUUUUGAGGAAAUGUUUGAAAGGAUUGAGCACAGACUUUGCUUGAGGCAUUUGUAUGCAAAUUUUAAGAAAAAGUUUGGUGGAGGAGCACUUAUAAGAGAUCUAAUGAUGGGAGCAGCCAAGGCCACAUACCAUCAAGCAUUCUUGCAGAAGAUGACUGCAUUAAAGGCUGUAGAUCCACAUGCUUGGGAAUGGCUAAUGGGAGUGCCUACUAAAUCUUGGUGUAAGCAUGCUUUUAGCUAUUAUCCUAGCUGUGAUGUUUUAAUGAAUAACAUAUCUGAAUCCUUUAAUGCAACAAUCUUAUGUGCUAGGGAUAAACCAAUAUUGACUAUGUGUGAGUGGAUUAGGAAAUAUCUAAUGAAUAGGUGUAGCCAAUCUACUUUGAAACUUGAUAAGUGGCCACACAAAAUCAUGCCAAUCCGUAGGAGGAGACUAGAUGCUGAGGUAGCUAUGAGUGGUCAGUGGUUACCAACAUGGGCCAUGGGGGAAAAAUUUCAAGUCACACAUGCUUAUAACAGCCAAGAAUUUAUAGUUGACAUAGCUAAAAGAUCAUGCUCAUGUAAUUUUUGGCAGCUAGUUGGUAUACCCUGUAGGCAUGUUGUAGCUGCCCUAGGAUUUAGACAGCAAAAUCCAGAGUGGUUUGUUAAUGAAUGCUACAGUAGGGAGAAAUAUGCUUUGUGCUAUGGUUUUCCUAUUAGUCCUAUAAAUGGACAAGACAUGUGGCCUAAUGUUGAAAGUGAAGAUCUAUUGCUUCCUGACUUUAAAAAGGGUCCUGGUAGACCAAGGAAAUUGAGGAUUAGGGAAACUGGAGAGGAAGGUGCUAGGAGGAGGCUACCUGGUGUGUCUUACAGGUGCACUAGAUGUGACAAGAUUGGGCAUAAUAUCAAGUCAUGCAAGAGCAAGGUGCAAGAUCCAAGUGCCUUGAAAAGAAAGAAAAAAGGACAAUUGAGAGCUGCUAAUAAUGCAAGUGUUGACACAUGUGAAGCCAAUCCAACUGCUACAAAUGAGGACAAAACAAAUGUGGUGAAAGAGGCCAAUCCAACUGAGGUCAGAACCAGUCAAGCCAGUGCAAGUGAGGGCAUUCCAAGUCAAGGCAAGCCAAGAGCAGUGAAAACCAGUCAAGCCAGUGCAAGUGAGGGCAAUCCAAGUCAAGGCAAGCCAAGAGCAGUGAAAACCAGUCAAUCCAAAACAACACCAGCUGAAGAAAGUGCCAAAAACAAGGGAAAAGCUCAAGUGAAACCAGUGAGAAAGAGGGUCAGUGAGAGAAUUAAGGAAAAUUGGUUUAAAAAACCAAAACCUUUCACAGGCCCUGGGUCUGCACCAGAACAACCAUUUUUGAUAACAGAUGAGGGUGAUGGCAAUGACUCACAAAGGAAGAAGACUAUGAAGAAGACCCCUAAAAAGAAGUCUAUCAAUGACUUGUAG